AAUGGAUCCACACGGUUACAACCAAACGGCAAGAAGAUAUUGCCUAUCACACACGGGAAUUAAGGAGGCGCGUCUUAAGCAAGCGACUUCAGCUAUCAUCUCCCUUGCAAAACUAACACGCAGGGCUUGCAUACCAUUGGCAUCGAGUCAUCGUCAACAUACAUCCCCACCCUACAGCACAGCGGGACAGAAUCCUGCCGUCUUACCUUGUACCUACCAGCAACGUUGUUCGAUGACAUGGGUUAUGCAGCCCUACAUGACCUUCCUCCUAAUCCUCCGUCUCCCAUCUAGAACCGAUGAUCAACAACAAGUGCCCUCACUCGUCUACCCUUGCAAUACAGGGCUGCCGGGAUUUGCGGCUUCAGCUGACACGAAACUCAAAAUCCCGCCAUAACGCUAGUCCGCGAUUGUCCCGCAUCCUUCUCCACCAUGCGUCCACACCGCUAAACAAAGCACAUAAUGUCUCGUCCUCUUGUUGUAUCUUCCGCGGUAUGCUUGCGUAUCCCAAGAAACAAUAGCCACCUACAACCGCAUAUAGUCAGACGCAUUGCACCGGUAUAAUGUGCAAUAUCAGCUUUCUGUGACGGAAUCAUCAUUCCGUCUAGACCCCAUUUUGCUUAUGCGAGGUUGACUUAACCGACAAACUCCGAUGCUGGACCCCCCUUCCCGUUCUCCUGCCGUAGAAGAAGGUAAAAUGUAUAGUCUACAAGGUACAUACAGCCUGACAAGGAUGAUCUUCCUACCCACUUGACCACACCCACGCCUGUGCGUGGCCGUUUACUGUCUUGAACUGAUCCUCUUACCCGCUUCGGAGGCUUUCUCUCGCUAUUCGAAAUCUGUAACUUGCAAGGCGGCAUCGAGGGUAAGGAACCGGUUGCGCCCAUAUCACCAGCCAUGUACGUAGGGCGGGUAUGUAGUCUGAAUAGUGACGCAGGUUUGUGCUUCCUUGCUAUGUCUGGGAUUUGGUCUGAAAAGGAUUUUGCUGUAUAAUUCCCUCUUCAUUAAUUCACAAUCGGCAUACUAGUAUGACGGUCACGCAACUACUCACGGACCCGACCCUACCCAAGACAGCAAAGAUACCGUCAACUAAACAAAGACUUCGCCGAAAAGCAAGGCUGAUAACCCAGCAACCAAACAGCAGGAAUAAGCUCAAUCUAAGUCACGCACAACAAGGCGGUAACCGGGUACCCAAACCCAAAUAGCAGAAUCCCACCUGGCUACCUGCAUAACAAUUGAAAUUUGUACAAUAUCCUCGUACAACCGUAAUUUGCUAGGCUCCCCUUUGUCAGGAUCUCCCGCAUACCGUCGGCCGCGGCGCAU